GAGCAAGCACUGUCGGUGUUGGAGAUGUCACAUCCGGAGCAUGCAUGGGCGGUGCGCGCUGGGCGCUAACAAUACGAGCCCCACCCCCCUCAUCGGUGGUAUGGCAAGUAAGGUAUCGCAGUUCGUAAAAGAAGUGGUGAAUUUCUCCAGCCAGUACGGUACACAUGGCAGCCGUUCCUACACUGCUGCUAACCUGGCUGGAGGUUUCAACAUAUAUGAUGGAUAUGGAGAUCGCACAGAGGCUUUUGUUCUGCGUACGUAUGGACAUUGGUGGGAAACCUGCCCUUCUGCGCCUCGAAUCUUCAGAAACUCAGAGCAGUUCAGGAGUCAAGAUUUUGUAGAAGUGCGAUAUGAAGUACCAGUUGUUCCAGUUGCCAUUGACAUUUAUGAGACCUAUCAUCCUGGUGCUGUUGUACGAAUCCUAGCCUGCAAUACUAAUCUGUCUGUGGAUAAGAGAAAACGGCAUCCUGGGGAAGUAGAGUGGGUAACACUCUUUUCUGGACCUACUCAAUGCUCUAAUAUUGCAAGGUCAAGGAAAUUUAGUCCACCUAUUAAAACAAUUGACUUUCCAACUAAUUUGUUACGUCUUGAGUUUAACUCUGGAGACUGUGGGUAUUACACUGAGUUGGAUGGAGUUGAAUUGCAUGGCUACAUCAAAGAAGGCAUGCAGGAGUUCCGUGAUCGUGCAACAGAUUUUAAAUUAUCUGUCACAAAUCAACUUCUUAGAAUGUUAUCCCUCUCAAAUCGUCAAAUAUCAGUUGGAGAUGAUGAUGAUGAUGAUGAGAGAUUGGGAUAUUUCAGUAUGUUACCAGAUGAAAUAAUUCAGUACAUCUUCAAAUUUCUUGACCUAAAGUCCCUGUGUAAUGCAUCUCAAGUAUGCUCAAUAUUUCUCAAAAACGCAUAUGAUCCAAUGCUAUACAAGGAACUAAAUCUACAGCCAUUCUGGAAUACUGUCGAUGAUAUUGCCCUAGCUGGUUUAUCAGCUCGUUGUGGCAAUAUGUUUUCCGUCAAUCUUUCUUGGACUGGAGGUGGUGGGCAGGUUACGGAGCCAAGUCUUUGCAGGCAAUUAUAUACGUACAUACAUGUGAACCUAUGAAUAAGUUGGUACAUUGGCCCGCGUUCAUAUGCAGGGGCAUAACUAGCAUUGAGGCAGAGGAGGCAGUUGCCUCCUCUGUUUUUGCUGACUAAUGAAUCAUUUAUUAUGCAGAGUAACCAACGAGCGCGACAGCAUACGAGCGCGUGUUGGAUCCUGCUUGUGUGAACGAUCCUUCAGCGCUCAAAGGCGCGUUCGAUGACGGAUAGCGUCUUGACCAGAUAGGAGUAGGUUACAUCAACCAAGAGCGGACAUCUCCUCCAGAGAGUAUCUUACAUACCUAUCAACCUGCAGAUGAACCUUUCCUUGAGAAAUGUGAGCAAUUUGCUUGAUUUGGAGUAUUUUUGCUUGAAAAUGCUGUGUGUCCAUUCAAAAUGUAUAGGCAUGGUGCAUCACAGGUAAGCAAAAAAAAUAGGGAUUUUCUGGUGGGGUAGGCAGUAUUUUUGCUUGAUUAUCAAGCAAAAAGCUGGAUGGUUGGUAGGUAUAAGAUACGUAUUAGUUAACGUACGUAUAGGCGGCGAGGCGGUACAGGAUUACUCCGAGGCUGUUGACUACACCGGACGAGAGCGGAGCCGGUAUAGUUAACAGCCGAGGAGGAUAUCCUGUACUCGCCAAGACACAUGACGUUAACUGAUUUGUAGCCCAACUAGCCAAUCACAAUGCUGAAUUUCUGCUGCUUCAUAUAUUGUUGUGUAAACUCUUGAAGCCAGACAAUUGCACUACUCCCUAGCGCUAGAUGUUGUGAUAAGGACUUCCUGUCCAAUACUGAGCCCACAGCUCAGAAUACAGCGUAUAUGUGAGCGCUGGAUUGUUUGAAGUUGGACUACAACUACUGUGAGGUAGGGACGCCAGUUGCUGUAACUCCCCAGUUUGUUGAGACGAGUGGCAAAGCGAUCCACUACAGGGGGUUCUAUUGCUGAAACUACAAGUUUUGAUUUAAGGCUUAAAGGGGCCUACUUUCUCAGAGCCUACGGUUGAAAAUCUCCUGGUUUCCAGUCUCUAUCUGGAAGAGUGGUCUGCUACUGAGCAGUAAUGCCUAAUUGAGAAAAAUAUGUGGAUAAGCUGCAGACCUGUCGAUUGUCUUGAUCCAUGUCAGUUGGCUAUGUUAUGGUUCUGUUGCAUAACCACAAGCUCUAACCCAUUGCAACCUGCAGA